GUAUCAUCUACAUCCAUAUUAAAAGAUCAACUUCGAAUUUAACUGAUUUGUAUUACAUUUUUCCAAUCAUUUUUGAUAUAUAUCAAAGUCAAAAAAUGUCAAAUGAAAUAACACUUAAAUCCGAUAAGAUAAAAUCCUCAAACGAUAGAGGUGAUUGUGUUUGUUCGUGUGCUCUAAAUCUUUCGGCCAAACCGAAAGAAGAACCAUGCUGCAAAGAAUUGAAAAACUGGGAGGUGUGGAUGCAACGCCGUAAACGGGUCCAUGCGCGAUUGAAAAAAUUGGGCAGGCAAUCGGGAAAUAUGCUUAUGAAUGUCGGCGACGAAUUCAGGAACGUACGCGAAGAAAAACUACUACUAGACGCGACGAAAAUCGAAACGCAGUUUGAUAAAUACAGGGGUAAUCCUACGUUUUGGACAAUGCCAGUAUGUCUAAAGGACAAGAAUCCUCCUUAUGGGUGUACGGAAUUAUUCGCUGUGAAGUCGAAAGAAGAACGAAACGAAGUGGGUGAGAUUGAGAAAGUCGGAGUUCCAAAAAUGAUCUUACAAGAAAAAGGCAUUUUACCCAGAACGAGGAAUCUUAUGGAUUUAUGGACGAAUAAAAAUAAGUACAGAGAAAAAGUAGUCGCUCAAGUGAGAUCAAAAAUAUUCAAAAUUGAGCCUCAUAAACCUGAAUAUGAAUUCUUAGCAAUUCAAGGAACUCGAAUUUUACCACCAGAUACCGAUGAAUCUAAACCUGAAACUCCAAAGAGUCCAAGAAUCGAAAUAAUCAAACCGGUAGAACCAAUAAGAGAACCUAAAAAUGAAACCUUGAAAGAAUCUACGGAAGAGUCUUUCACAGUAUGUCUUAAAAUCAACAACUUUGAAUGUUACAAGAAAAUGGUAAUACCUUCCCAUGGACACAAGAUUAGUUUGAUUUUUGAACACUUUAUUAGUAAUCCAGUGCCCACAGAACGAACUAUAAAAUUUGAAAACGUCGGUCAAAUAACCAUGCGAAUUUAUUUCAAGAUUCUUCCCAAACCGAGAAUAUUUCGUGAAUAUAUCAGUUCACAAAAUAUUUUUGAACCUUUUAAGUUUCCUAAAACUGAGAUUUUAUUGUUACCCAAUGAGACACUGGAAUUUCCUAUAUGGUUUCAUUCAAGAAAACCAGGAAACUAUUACGAAUACUGGGAAAUUUAUACCCUACCAAGGUUGUGGAGUGAUGAUGAAAAAGUAUUUAUUAAAUUAUCUGGUUAUGCUUCGAUUGAAGGUUAUAAUGAAAAGGUUGAAAAAAUAGCUACCGAGCUCAACAAGAGAGUUAGAGAUACCGUCAUAAAAGACUGCCUUAAUCAAACAAUAUCCAGAGUGAAUUACUGUACGGAAACCGUUUCAAAAACUUUCGAUUUCUCGGAGAAGGAAUUGUUCGAAUCACAGAAUCUCGAAGACAGUCGACAAAUUGGUUCUCGUUCGAAAUACUGUUACAAGAAAAACAUCGUGGAUAAGUUGACUGAGUUUUACGCGGAAGUUAGGCAACCUGAAGAUCCGGAAAAGUGGAAUCUGUCAAUUAAAACUCUUAAAGAAGCUGCUAGAAAGAUGGAUUUGAUGAAAUAUUUUAAGGAGAACCUCGCCGCAUCUUUGAAAGCAAAAGAAAACCGAAAAUUGAAUGAAGCCGACACUGUCAAAACCGAAAAAAGUAAGCCUGAGAAGGUCCAAAGCCCAAGAACUAAACUUCUAAAAGACAGCAAGUCCGUAGAAUCUCUAGAUACCCUUGAAAAUAAAGCGUCUUAUUACAACAGACUACAAACGCUGGUAGAUUCGUUAGAACGACAGUCCACCACGCCACACAAAGAUAGAAGGAAAUAUUUCUACACGUAUGUAGUACUCCGGACAUGUAUUCUUAAAACACUGAUUGCCUUUGACGAGAUCGAAAAACAUGAUAAAAAAGUCGAAACCGAACUGGUAGAAAAAAAGGAAAUUCAAAUUCCAGUAAACGACAAUGUUCAAGACAGGAUGAAAUUCGAAAAUUUCGAUGAUUCGUAUAUUUUAAGGACGAAACGUGUUUGCCACGAUCCAACUAUGCUAUGCAACGCGAAACCCAAAUCAGUUUUGUUGCGAGAAGUUGAUUUGACAGACGUUAAGAAGAUGUACGCCAUAUAUUUCAACAGAGAGGUCGUGAAAGAGAAAACUAAUAAAAAGAUGGAAGCUCACAAAGCGGAAGAGAAAUCGUCGACAAAAAAGACGACGAGUAAAAACGAAAAUAAGAAAAAGGACAUCGUUGAUAAAACUGACGCGUUAUAUGCUAACAUCGAGGAAGGGUUUGAUCCAUAUGCAGAAGAAACUUCGGUUAACAUAUAUACUCCAUUAACAGUACCUUUUGAAAUUACCACUUACCAAGCGGUUGACGAAAUUCAGCAUUACGAAGAAAAGUAUUUGGCUUUCUAUAGAAAUUUGUGUGAAGCAAUAGAUAGCUUAGUUAUGGCAGUCGAAUAUGCUCAAGAUAACAUAAUUUCCAGCAGUCUACUUGCAAAUAUAAAAGAAUGUGAUAAAACUGUAAAAGAAGAAAAACUUUUGUCACAGGAAACUUUGGACUCGUCCGCCCAAGAUAUUUCUUCCGAAUUGAAUUCAACAUCGGUAUCAAAUUACUUUGACUGGUUACUGGAGACUCACUGGACAAAUAAUCCGAACACUAAAAAAUACUUUUUGGAAGACCAAAAACUGUCAAAAACAUACUUGAAAACUAGUGACAGUUUAUGUUCUACAUUACGAGUGCCUUCAUUAAAAGAAGUGUCUUCAUUAAAAAAUCUAUUUAGUGUAGAACAAUACGAAAGGAAACCUGAACCAUUUUGUCUGAAAGAAAAAGAAGUACAAGUUAACUUAGAUAACGUACAAGUUAACUUGGAUAACUUAUUAGAUAAUGCAAUAUUAAGUGAAACGUUGAUGACCACAUCGGCGACACCAGUAGGAGAAAAAGAUGUUUAUCAUAGCCUGGAGAAAUCUGCUUCGAAAAACAUAUUCUACUUCUUGGAAGACGCUUGUGAAGAAAAUAGUUCUAAAAGUCGAACUGAAUUUGUGGAAGGAUAAUUUUUCAAUUGACAAAAUUCUUCGUCAAUUAGCAUUUCAUAGAGAUCCAUCGACCUUUAACUUAAUUAAGUACCUAUUUAGAAAAAAAAAGACCUAUAAAGACUUAUAUACAAGACCUAUACCGUUUAAUAAAUGUUAAUAAGCAAA